CUCGGUACCGGGACACCGACUUCCCCCUUUCGAAUCGGCCUCACCUGUUUCACACUGUUGGAUCAAUACGUCAACAUUCAGCGUGACCCUCGGUGCACCACCCUUUUUCACGUCGACAGCACACACAGUAUCGUAAAAAUGAAGUAUCCUGUUUUCGUGUUCGGGAUAUCCGAUUCCUGUGGGAAAUUUUUUCCUAUUGUGUACUUUUGUACUUCCCAGCGAACCGGUACUGAUAUUGAGUGGUGCUGCGCAUUUUUGAAACGCGUCCUUUGGGAAACAUUCGUGGUUCAGUUCUCGCCCCAGUUCAUCAUGACCGACGCAGAUAAUGCGCAAUUCAAU